UAUAGAUUAUUAGUGCAAUCGCAUUGCACUGCGCUAUCUGACAAUGUCCAUGUGGUCACGUCAAAAUUCUCUAGAUACAACAAUCUGUUACCAUUUGGAUUUUCAUAUAUGUCGUUUUAUGGGUAUAGGUAAUCGUAGAACUAAUUGGCGGUUUAGAAAAAUAGGAAAAUAAUGCCGAAGAACAAGAAAAAGGGUGGCUUGAAAGUUGCCGAUAAGAGUCGGCAAGGUUCACGACCUCCCACUGAUGAUGAGUGUGAUACUGGUGACAACUGGAGCACUGCCAGUGUCCUAUCCGAGGAUGCCAACAGCCUACCUGAGUCAGGUGGAGAUGUCGAGUCAGAAGACACCAAUACCCAGGAAGAUUUUGAGGACAAACUCAAAGAGUGUAUAGAAGGCACUCUGUCUAAGAGUGCUGUGACUAGAAAGAAUUGCUUGGAGGGAAUUCAAAAAUCCUUCAGCAAGAAGUACAUCCUGGAUUUCCUCGGAGACAGGAAGGAGACUGUUGCUGACUGUCUGACCAAGUGUCUACGAAAGGGCAAGGGUGACGAGCAGGCCCUGGCUGCCUCAUGUAUAGCACUCCUCAUCACACAACUUGGGGAAGAGGCAGAGGCAUUGUUUGUAGAGUUACGUCCCUUUAUGCUCACCAUCAUGGCUGACAAGUCAACAUCCGUUAAAGCAAGGGGAAAGUGUGCCAAAGCCUUGGCGAUAUGCAACUUCCUGGCAGGGGAGGACCUUGAGCAUGUUCGUAAUGUGAUGACAGCUCUAGAGGACAUCUUUAAAGCAUCAUAUGUGAAGGGAGAUAACUCCUCACCCUCUCACUCUCCCGAGGUGUGCGUGAUGCAUUCCAAGGCUCUCUCUGGGUGGUGUCUUCUCCUCUCCAUUGCACCGUCCUUCCUUGUAGCAGAGAUGGUUUCAAGUCACCUUGAUCGCAUGACAGGACUCUUGCGGAGCUCGGACGUGGACCUGCGAAUCACAGCAGGGGAGGCCAUAGCUCUUAUGUAUGAACUGAGUCGAGAGGAAGACGAGGACUUUGAAGGAGCAAAAAUGCAAGAAUUGUGUGAGUUAUUAAAACAGCUGGCUACAGAUUCAAAUAUUCGUGCCAAGAAAGAUCGCCGCCAGCAACGAUCCAGUUUCCGUGACAUCCUGCGUACUAUUGAGGAGUGGGAUGCCCCUGAUGUGUCCAUCAAGUUUGGGGUUGAAGGACUACAUCUUGACACGUGGGUCAGGAAAAAGCAGUACGACACCUUCUGUGACCUCCUGGGGUCAGGAAUCUACCAGCACCUUCAGGAGAAUACAUUAAUCAGAGAGAUCUUUAGUCUGGGAGCACCUGCCCUACAGGAGAAUACCAUCUCAAAAACUGACCAAGUUUGAAAGGAACAUGUACAAUGCAGCUGCAUUCAAGGCUCGGACAAAGCUUCGUCAGAAGCAUCGGGACAAGCGGUCUGUCAGUGUCAAUGGUGUUUGAUGACACUGUUCUCUAGCUUUUGUGUUUUGUUAAUCACACAUGGUGCAUUGUGAUGGUAGCGUUGUUAUGGCCGUAGGAGUGACACUCAAUGGAACAUCUAUACUCAGCGGAUAAUGUAAUUUUGAAACGUAUAGCCUAGAUGGCUUCAAUGUCAAUGGGAGGCAAUAUUGUAGCGCCAAGCGAAGUCUUGCUCUUAGUGAAUAUUUCCUCGCCAGGUGCUGCCUUACAUUUCAUAUCAUCCUGAACAGCCUCGUCAUGUGUGUAGGUCAAGGUCACCACCAACUUAUUUCUCACCUUCAAAAGGGUUACAGACACUGAUACAGGGUUUGCUACAGAAUAUGUUACAGGGUUGUUCUGAGAAAAUAUACAGAAUGUUACAAAUGUUAAAAAUAUGUAACAUGGCAAGUCAAUUUAUAUAUAUUUUUUGUCAGGGAUAUUAUAUGUCUAAUUGCCAUUCUGGAUGUAUAUGAUCAUCGAUGUUGCAUGAGUGGGCUAGUGUUAAUGCUUAAAACUGGCUGCAUUACUAAGGGCAUUAUGACCGGUGGUCAGAGUUAGUAUGUUAUUUUCAUGUUUUCUUAAGAUUAAAGAUAAAACAUUUUCAGCAACACAAAAUAGUGAGAAAACCAGACUCCUGAAAAAAAGAAACAAAUUUAGUCAGGUAACAUAAAUAUGACAUGUUGCAUAUACAAGUUUGUUAGGAUACAUUUGUGUAGAAGCAUUUAUGAGUACUUGUUACUAGUUGUUGUUUGUUUUGAGUGAAGACUUUAUUUACUAAUGUAUUUUGUUUAUCCAGUAACAAUUUUUUUUCCCCCCAUGCUACAGAUGUAGGUUCAAUUCCCCAUGAAACUUGUGAAACCGUUGUUUGCAACAUUGCCAUAACUAUCACAUACUGUCAACCAUGCUCACCUAAAUGGUUAUGUAUAUAUAUAUAUAUAUAUAUGUAUUUAUUGAGCUGCAAAGCAAAAGACCAUGCAGAUGUCGUGACUGUAUUGUACAUACGUACAUCGCCUCUGCUCACUGGUAUGGAUCAGUAUGAGUGACAAAACAGACUAUUCACUGUGAUAGUGUGUGUAUCCUAUACAAGAAUUGUAUGUCAUAUGCAUUGAUACUCAUUCUUUUACAACCAGUUUUAAAAUCCAGAGAGGCCAACCGUUACGGCGUGGGGGAAUGGGGUCUUUGGGGCAAAGCCCAUUAGUACAAUCAAGUGAAAUAUAUCUGGACUUUUGUCAAAACACAUCACCUGUAACAAUAUCUGUACUGUAAUUGUACUUAUACAGUAAGUAAUCAAUGACUAAUUACUUCUUUUAGUUUGUGCAGAGUUUAGAUUUUCAGAAAUGUCUGUGAAUUCUUUUCAGCAAAACCAUAGUCUUACAUGCCAUGUUACGAUAACUAGUUUAUUUCAUGAUAUUUCUAGAAGCCAGUUACUCCGAUAUUCCUGAUGGAUAUUAGGUUGUUAUCUCAUGCUUGAGGUUGUUAUCUCGUAAAAAACAUUCAUUGAUUAAUUAGCUUGAGACAUGUCAUAAUUUCAUAGGACUUGUGGAAAUAUUGUUCCAUAUUUCCCUAGAUAGCUUCAGCAUGUCAUUAUUUCCUCAUUAUACGUGGGUUGUACAUCAAAUCCUCCACAGCAAAUGCAUGUAUCUGUGUGAACCUUCAGCAGUAUUUGUAUUGUACAAUAGCAACAUGUCGAUAUAGCUGCCGGAGUCGCAUCUGGGCGUCCCUCCUAUGGCUUGAUGCUUGCACUGAUUGUUUUUACCUGCCUUGUGUUGUUGUUUGCAGCUGUGAAGCUCACCUGUGACAUAGUCGCUACGUCUGUGAUGUUUGAUAACGUAGUCUUAAAUCAUAAGUAGACUUGUUAUGCAGGGAGGAGUAAUAAUAAAGCAGACCAGGGAAUAUAUUUUCGUAUCUACUUGCCUUGACCAUUUUCUUUAAUAUUAACGAACAGAUGUUGCUGACUAUUUAUCCUUUAACUGUCACCAUGGUUACCACAAGUACCCGGAUCAGCAUCAUGUUGAUUAUUUAUUCAAAUAAUACUCAUCCUUCUUAAUUUGAGCUUGACUAUUAGAGUUGUGAAAUCCAGUGGAAUAUGUUCCGUUCUCGAAAUCACCUUUUGUCAUAGUUAGGGUAAUACUGUGUUCAGCUGAUUCAGUGAAAACCAAUAAAAUUGUUUCUGAUUAUGAUGUGAGCCAUAAAGACAGAUCUUGUUUGAAUAAUGGAAUAUCUAGUUAUGUCUGCUGGUGUAGGAUCAGGUUAACAAUGUGUUCAUAUUAUAUCAGUUUGGUUUUAUUCUGGAAGAUUUGGUUUGAUUGGUUUGUGCAUGUUUCUACAAGAUCAUUGUUCACAUAAUGGUGACAGUUAUAUGCUAUUUAAGUAAUUUGAUGUGAAAAUUACUUUAUGUUGUGACUACUGCCUCUGAAUCAAUGCAGAUAUGGUGCAGUGUAUUAUUCACUUUGGGAAUAGUCAGAUUAAGUCAGCGUCUAGAAGAAUUUUUGUUGGUAAAUGGUGCAAUUUUCCCAUCUAUGCCAAUGUUGACCAAUCACUACUAUAGUUUCCAGUCAUCCAACUAUACCUUAUAUGGAUCUCUCUAUUUCACAGGCCUUCGUUUGUAGUACUUCAUUACUGAUAAACUGUCAUAGUCUAGAUAUGGAAUCAAGUUGUUGCUGAGAUACUGCAACUUUCAAAGAAGAAACAGUGAAACAUACACAACAUUCUCACCAAGCUGAGAUAUUUUUAAAUGGCUGAGCUAGUUAAGGCACAUAUUCUUGGUUUGGCCAAAAUAGGAGAUGGAAUUCUUGUCAUGGACUGAUUGAUGAAACCAUUUCCUUAUACUUGUAUUAUGUGGAGGGCAACUCAUGAUUUGAAAUGGGUAAAAAUUUGGAAGAAUUCAGUUCCAAUUUUGUUGUUAUUUGCUUGUCAUAUAAAUAUAUAUUUUUUCAUGAGAAGAUAAUUUGUUGCUGCUACCUAUUUCUUUAAUGUACUGCAGACUUCCUUUGAGGAUAGAAGUUAUUCAUCUUGUUAUUUUUCCAAAAGGCAUAAUGAUAUCUUUUUAUGCUGAUUACUUAUGGUGUGGGGACUUGUUCGAAAAGUCUUUAUAUAUAGAAUGGAAAUGUGUUUUUAAUCAAGGUCAUUGAUAACAAAGGGUCUUUUGUUCCGAUAAAUGUCAUUUAUGUGUCUAUUUGAAUGUUUCUCAUGGAAAGGUGUUCAUCACAAAAUACAAAUAAGAUCUCACUAAACUUAUGGGAACGUAGAGUUGUAAAAUAAUUUUAUCCUGAAGGAUUUAAUUGUACAUAUUGAAACAAUUGUUUUAGAUAAGCGACAUUUUCUGGUUUAUAUAUAUAUACAUACAAAACCCUUGUCUUUUCAAAUGCUCCAUCUUUGACUUUUGACACCCGUGGGACAGUGCUAGUCAGUGUGACCUCCUCCUACUGGGCACUUCAUCUCCACAGGCGUCUUUACACAACUUUUAGCAUUUGUAAAACUUUUAGCGGAACAUGGGAUAAGAUGUACGCUUGUGUAUUUCCUCCUUUUAAUUUUGUUUUAUUCAUAGUGUAUAGCAACCAAAAUAAAUAAAACUAUCAAUUGCUACAAAA